GCGCUGGUCACUUGACGCGGCUGCGGGCUGAGGAGACACAAGGGAAGUCGCUGUGGCCGCUGUUUGGUCCUCCGCCACCUAAAGCUGCCGGGACUCUGCCUCGCCGCCCGCUCCCAGCCUCGCGCGACAUGCCGUCGGAGAAGACCUUCAAGCAGCGCCGCACUUUCGAACAAAGAGUAGAAGAUGUCCGACUUAUCCGAGAGCAGCAUCCAACCAAAAUCCCGGUGAUAAUAGAACGAUACAAGGGUGAGAAGCAGCUUCCUGUCCUGGAUAAAACCAAGUUUCUUGUACCUGAUCAUGUCAACAUGAGUGAACUCAUCAAGAUAAUUAGAAGGCGCUUACAGCUCAACGCUAAUCAAGCCUUCUUCCUGUUAGUGAAUGGGCACAGCAUGGUGAGCGUGUCCACACCGAUUUCGGAAGUGUAUGAAAGUGAGAAGGAUGAAGAUGGAUUCCUGUAUAUGGUAUAUGCCUCUCAGGAGACAUUUGGAAUGAAAUUGUCAGUGUAAGACUAGAAAAAUGCAUCUGUUCUAGAAUUUUUUAAACCCUUACCAAUGGGGAAAAAAAGGGAUUUUACCACCUGAGAUUGAUCAGUUCAUCUAAUCACAGGUCAUCAAAAACAGUAGUCUUCCUGCCUAGGAGUUUUAAAGUUGUUUUUGUACUUUAAGCAGAAAAAACUGAGCUCCAAGUGAGCACAUUCAUCUUUGGAAAACUAUAUUAUUUAACCUAGGCUGUCUUGUUUUCAAAUUUAGAAAUUUAAAAAUAAAAUACUUUGCAUUCUAAGUUACCAAUAAAAUAGAUCUUCAGUUAUUUUAAUGAUCUUUCCCUAUAGGAACUUGCAUUUUGAACAUUCAGAGACAGUUUUUUGUCUAGGUUCACAGAACCUGCCAACUUGUUAUUGAAGGGUUUCUACCCAACUAGAGAAGUCUCUAAGAGGAUCUUUAGACAUAAGUUGUCAAGCAUAGCCUCCAAAACACAUAUGCCAUAAUAGUUGGCAAAAAGCAGUGCUAAAUGGGGGUGUAUAAGAAAACUGUGAACUGCUGUUCAAGGUUCCUGAUUCCUAGAAAGUAGACCCCAAGUCAGCGAUUUUGCGUGUUAGGAAGUGCUUAUUUGGUUUGUUCUCCAGACAGUAACAAACAAACACCACUGCUUGGUAGGAGCCUUGAAUAAUGUAUUUUGGUUAAGUUUCUCCCAAGGCCCAGAGAAAAGUGACAUUUCUUUUGUUUUGGAUAUUCUCUGAUUACAGAGCUCAAACUAGUGCCUGCUUUGAUAAAUACACAAACACUUGUAUCAGUUUCCUUCUUUUGGGCAGUGGUAGGAACUAUAGAAUUCUGAAACUAAAAACAUUAAAAUUCAUAUGCACUUCCUCUACCUUUUGGCUUAAAGCUGCAGAUGAUACAUGUUUUAUGUUGUGUGUGACUAAAGUAUGUUAUAAAAUUUACAUUUUUAAGAGUAUUUCAGUUAUCACUGUUAGUCAAACAACCAUUGAAAUUCCCCCACUCUAAGUGCAUGUCAGUUGUGAAGAAAACAGUAAAAGGACAUAUAGUCUCUUCACAGAUAUUAAUAUCAAAAGUUAAACAUUUUUCAAGUCCAACUAGAAUAACCACUGCUUCCUACUACCUGCAUGGGGUUCAUUACUUACUAUUUUCAUGGGAGUAUCACAGAAAGAUCACAGACCACUUUAGAUUACAUGUAGCAGGUCCUGAUUUGCCCUUGUAUAUUUAGAUGUGUAUGGAAUACCUGUGUCAGUCAAAUAUAUUUACUGUAAAGGCGGGAUUAGGUAAUAUUACUGCAUAUGGACCCUCAACCCCCAAUCUCCCAUCAUCUACUCCUACUGCUGCAUGCAUCUGUCUACAUGGCUAACUUUUAAUAUGUAUAUUUUUACAUUAUGUACAUUCUUAAUUGGCCUGUCUUGUUUAGAUUGUAUACGUCAUUAUAUCUGACAUUCUUGUAACUACUGUGUGGUCAAUAAGAUUCCUAUAAGAAAUUCUUUUUAAAAAACAAAAAUACCAUGCCAAUGGGUGACUCAUAUCUCACGUUAGUGGGUAGUCACUCUAUAUUUAUAGGAUCUUUAAAACAAGUACAUUUUUAAAUGAACUAAGGUGAAUAAAGGCACAACUAAAAACUCA